CUUGCAAUAAGUAUCUAAAAGGAAGAACGUACAUGAGCUUCGUUCUGGCCAUGCCGUUCACGACAACGCUGACAACUCCGCAAACGUCGAAUGGACAACUAAACCAUUAUUGGGCUUAAAGCUAGUCCACAGCUUCAUUUCUCGUAACUCACUGGGCCUACCUUGCAACGUGGUUAGACAGAUUCUUGUCACAACGUGAAGCCACUUACUUAACAGGCACCCUUUCCUAAUUUGAUACCUACGUCUUUUACACAAUGCAGCUUAAGUUAGAUCUUGGUAUCCUGGAGAGCGGCUCUGGGCGCGUAGCCCUGGACUCGCAUCCAGAUCUAGGACUAGAGGUUCCCACAGCUUCAUUCCCUCUUCCCGCUGUGCAAGAUUUGGACAAAUUUGAGCGGGAGGUUGUGGAGAUGGUGAAGCCCUGCCACGGGACAACAACGCUAGGCUUCAUUUUCCAGCGUGGAGUAAUUAUCGCUGUGGAUUCGCGGGCGACUAUGGGUUCCUACAUCUCGUCUCAGACCGUCAAGAAGGUUAUUGAGAUCAACAAGUACCUGUUGGGAACUAUGGCCGGUGGCGCAGCUGAUUGCCAGUUCUGGCAGCGCAAUCUGGGUAUGCGCUGCCGUCUCUACGAGCUUAACAACGCCAAGCGCAUUACCGUCCGCGCCGCCUCCAAGCUCCUCUCCAACACCAUGUUCUCCUACCGGGGCAUGGGCCUGUCCAUGGGCACCAUGGUGGCCGGCUGGGACCCCACGGGCCCGGGCCUCUACUACGUCGACAGCGACGGCCAGCGCACCAAGGGCCAGAUCUUCAGCGUGGGCUCCGGCUCCCUGUACGCCUACGGUGUGCUGGACGCCGGCUACCGCUGGGACCUCAGCGUGGAGGAGGCCAUCGAGCUGGGCCGCCGCUCCAUCUACCACGCAGGCUUCCGCGACUGCGCGUCCGGCGGCACUGUGAGCGUGUACCACGUGACGCAGGACGGCUGGACCAAGGUGCGCGGCGACGACAUCACGGAGCUGCACUACCAGUAUUACCCCGACCCCGCGCAGCACCCCGCCACCGCCAACCCGGUGCUGUGAGGGGCGGCAGGGAGGGGUGCGGGGGAGGAGGAGGAGAAGUGGGAGGAAGCGCGGGUGGGGGCUGAGAGGAUGAGCAGGAACGUAGGUGGGGGCAAGGGGGGCGCUGAGCGAGUCGGUUGGCUGGGUUGUACAUAGCAGCGGCAUGCAGGGAGGCUUUGGAAGGAAGGUUAAAGAGGAGGCGACGGUGGUGUGCCAGGGGCUUAGACAGGGGUUUAGGGGAAGACUUGCGUAUUCAGGGAGGGGGCUAGCUCUAGACAGGAUGCGCACUCGGUGCAAUUGGGCGGUGCGUACGGGGCCUGUGGAGUGCUGUCGACACGAAUCAUCUGAUUGCUGCUGGCCUUGCUGAACUUCCCUGACUGUACGGCGCAUUGGGGUGUGCGGUACGACUGAUGUAGCUGUUAGUAGCUGGUGUAGGCUGUGCUGCAACGGUGGUGGUGGCGUGGAUGCCUGGAGGGAAGCAGCUGAACUGGCUUGGGCCUAGUGUGGCUGCAGGGUCUCUGCAGGGGUUGGACCCCUGCGCAUCGUCGCUGCUACCUGGCUCCAUCAGCAGUAGAACAGGUGUUGGGAGGUUGCGGCUGAGAACUAGUUGGACCAGUUGGGCUUAGCCGUGCAUAUCAACGUUACACGGCGGCGCUAUGAUUUCCUGUACGAUGUAAAGCAGCACAACACUGGCUGCAUCUCUUCACGAGCUCCUCAGGCCUACGGGUUCACGGUGGGGUCCUUGUACUUCUUGUAGAUUGCCUGAGGCCGUGUGGGACAAUGAUAGAAUGGACAAGGCAUCAGCGGAUCAGCAGGGUACCAGUUGGCCUGGGAGGCGUGCGGGUACAUCCCAAGACCGGC